CGGCAAAGUUGAGAAGCACCGGGCCUACAGGAUCAGUGCAAGGAUCACCAUCACCCGCACCGGUCUUGCCACUUGAAACCAGUAGCUACCCAUUUGCCUUGCCAGCGCACCCACGCAUUGAAGUCAAAACAGAGCCACUAAGGGACACUCCUGACACCAUCAUCUCCACCUCAUCCCCAGAGAUGGGAUUUGUUGAGAGUGAAGCAGACUACAUGUCUUUGCGCCCCAUUGAGCCUGCUAUACCUGGGGCAGUAGAUGACAAGUUCUCGCCCACCGUGCCAUUGCUUCACCCCAUUCCUCUCAAGCCUCAGCUCAAGGUGGAGAAGCCAGAGGCUAUUACAAUCAAGUCAGAGGAAUGGAACCGCAUUCACUGGAACAUCUGAUCUGCUGAAAAAAGAGCCCAGGCCGUCCACUCCCUCUUCCCCAAGCCAUGGUCUGACGGUCAAGCUGCCAGUAGCCACACCUGGACUAGCGCAUCCUUUCAUUGACCCUUCCCUGGAUCAGAAGGUGUCUGUCACCCUCACUCUGUCAGCCACAGCAGCAGAGGACAUAGGGGGUGUAAUCUCUGCCAUUGCCGACCUCCUCAAAAUAGCUGUUCCACCCACUUAUGAGGUGACGCGCAGUCCAUCGCCAGAGAUGUUCAAACUUAACAUGACACAUAAAGAAGAGGCCAUCAACAUCCAGUCACUGAUGCGUGUGAAACCAAGAUUCUGUGGCCACUGUCGAGUUGUACUUAUUAGUUCUGGUAUCCGCAAAUUCAAGGCUGAUUUGCCUCUCACUCUUCUUACAGAGAACCUGGAUCCAGGAGAAGAGGAAGUAACAUUUUGUAGUAUGAACUGUUUAAACCAGUUCCUUCACACACAGCCUGCAUUACCUGAACCUGACAAUGAAUCCAAUACUAGUGCUGGUGCCUCUACCAUCAUUAUGGAUGAUAUGGAUGACAGUGGCGAUGAGAGCAUGGAUGAAGAGGGUGUGGUGACCAAAAAUGAGGCCCUAACAGGGCUAUCUGGAACAGACUUGAGCUCACUAAAGCGCAUUGUGAAUGUGACAGAGGCACUAUCCAUCAGUACCUCAAGCCCAGUUCCAUCCAUCUCUGCCUCUGCUACUACUGCCACCACCCAGCCAGGUACUCCCACCACUCCAAUUCCUGGUCCAGGGGGCUGGGCUUCACCAGCUGUGUCCCCGGCCAACUCACACUCCAUCACUAGUCCAGUGCUGCGGCCUGGAGCAUCAGGACCUGCUUCCCCAGUCCGAUCUCCACAUCAUCCCAUGCUCAGCCCUCCACUGCGAGGCAAGGGGGAAGACAGAGCAGCCAAGCGUCAUCGUCGUAGCAGCAGUACCGCUUCACAGGACAGCUAUAUUAUCAAGCCUCAGUCAAAGAAAUGGCGAGACUUGCGGUGGAAGCGUUGGGAUGCUUCCAUUACCAUCACCAGAUUGCCUGACACCCCUACAACAGAAUUAAAUGAUUUAUGGGAAAGCUUGGCCAUGACAGUGUGUCCACCCAGCCUUCCUGAAGACAAACGCAUCUGUGCUCUAUGUCUGAGAGUCGGUGAUGGAGAACCUAAUGGACCAUCAAGAUUGCUUAACGUGGAUGUGGACAAAUGGGUGCACCUUAACUGUGCACUUUGGUCAAACGAGGUGUAUGAGACAUGUAGCGGUGCUCUUAUGAAUGUAGAGGUGGCUUUGCGCCGAGGUUCUUCUGUUGAAUGCAUGGCCUGCCGCAAAUAUGGUGCCACGAUCAACUGCUUCAAAUCACGCUGCAUCAACACAUAUCAUUUGCCCUGUUCCCAAGAAAAGGGAUGCAUGUUCUUCCAAGACAAGACUGUCCUUUGUCCCAGCCACUUACCCAAGCAGUAUGUGGAAAAUGUGCUGCUGUCAUUGGAAGUAUCUCGUCGUGUUUACAUUAACCGCGAUGAAGACAGACAGGUUGCAAGUGUUAUUUCCAGCAUGAUCCAUCAAGAGGAGGGCCACCACUCACUUCGGAUUGGCUCCCUUAUCCUGCACAGCAUUGGUCAGCUGCUGCCCCACCAGAUCCAGACUAACCACUUCAACACUGAAGACUACAUCUUCCCUGUUGGAUUCCGUACCAGUCGUUUCUAUUGGAGCCACCGUGUGCUGUAUCACCGCUGUCGCUACAUAUGCAGCAUCAGUGAGAUGGAAGGAUGGCCUGAAUUCAGCAUUCGUGUGAUAGAAGAUGGCUUCGAGGAUGUUGUGUAUAAGGACAAAAGCCCCAAAGAAGUAUGGCUGCAUGUGUGCCAGCCACUGGAGGACAUGCGCAAUAAAGCUGACAUGGUCAAGAUGUUCCCCACAGACAUGGGUAUGGAGGAGCUGUUUGGUUUGAGGGAACCAGCGAUCAUCAAGGUCCUUGAAUCACUUCCUGGAACAGACCUCCUUCAUAAUUACAACUUUAAGUAUGGACGAUCUCCUUUGAUCGAGAUGCCUCCUGCCAUUAAUCCAACUGGCUGUGCCCGCACUGAACCAAAACUGCGGACGCAUUUCAGGCGGAGGCCUCACACACUCCACUCCAGCAACUCGCGAUCUCUGCCUUCAACUGUGACAAGUGUGACAGGAGACAUCAACUCACCAUACAUGAAACAGUUUGUGCACUCCAAGUCACAGCAGUACCGGCGCCUUAAGACAGAGUGGAAAAAUCUGGUCUAUCUUGGUCGUUCCCACAUUCAGGGCCUCGGACUCUUUGCUGCUCGUGAUUUGGAAAAACACACUAUGGUGAUUGAGUAUAUUGGAGAUCUCAUUCGUAAUGAAACAGCUAAUCGCCGUGAGACGGAGUAUGAAAACCAGAAUCGUGGUGUGUACAUGUUCCGAAUUGACAAUGACACAGUCAUUGAUGCCACGAUGGCUGGUGGCCCUGCUCGUUACAUCAAUCACUCUUGCAACCCAAACUGUGCUGCGGAAGUUGUGCAUUUUGAAAAGGAAAGUAAAAUCAUCAUCAUCACCAGCCGCCGCAUCAGCAAGGGCGAGGAGCUGACAUACGACUACAAGUUUGACUUUGAGGAUGACCAGCAUAAAAUUCCUUGUCUGUGUGGUGCCCCCAAUUGUCGUAAGUGGAUGAACUGAUUUGUUACUACCCUGGUGCAGCACCUCCGGUGUUGGAUGCAGCACAUAGAUGAAAGGGGCUCCGCAUGUGUUCUAAGUGAAUGGGAGAUACUGCCACAUGACAAACAGGACAGACAUGUACUGUGUUUCUCGCAUAGUCCCAAUCCUCUUACCUAUUCUACACGGUUAUGUCCUAGAAAACCUACAGACUUAUGAACAGCAGCAGCUGCUGUGGCAUUACCACGAUCAAGAGUUUGCUGUCAGCACCAGUCCUGAUGCUGGACCUCUUGAGACAAGUUGUGGCAGGACCGACUUGUGACAGUAUCAUGAACAGUGUGCCCUGUGUGUCAGCACAUGCACACAUCUGCAAGUGAUGCAAGACUCAAGUUCUUUGAUUCAAGCGGCAAUCAUCUUUCAUUAUAUUGAUAUGAACUCAAGUCACUAUGAUGUUGAGAUGCUGUUUGUGAUGUUCCUGGAACUGUACUGACUCACUGGGUCAGUUUGCGCCACCAUGUUCUACAAAGCUGCUUAUACGGGUUUCAUAUUGUGAGUUAUUACAUGUUUAGGGGAUGGCAGCAGAUUUUCUCCCCAACAUACAACAAAGCCUUAUUCUUACUUUUCUGUGGGCAUCUGUAUAUUCUGGCCAGUGGCGGUACACUGCUUUAGCUUGCACAUCUCUUAUGAUAAUAUUCUGUCAUCAUACCCAUUUGCUGAUGUAGUUCACAUCAGUGUCCUGUAAUUUUCAUAAAUAUUUUCAGUUUUUUUUUCCCUGCCCCAAUCCUGUAUAUCGUGACAUAAAAUGAAUCAGUGUUCUGUGUUUUGUUUUUUAAAUUUCUCAAUGAGAAGACAAAAGCAUAAGUUAACCCACUUCAUUUUGUGAUUGACAUAGUGGUUGAUUUAGUUGUUGUUGAGUUUGGGCGGCAGGGUGGAGGUAGCCUAGUUCCAAGGUGGUUCCCACGUGUUUGCUGUUUUUCUGGUUUAUAACAUACCCUUGCAGAUCCAGGGUGCAACUUGUGAUUUGAAUCUUGCAAUUGCUGGUUCAGUGAUACCGCUGUGCCACAAGGCACCAAGCCAGCCAGUCGUCCAAAAAGGAGACAAAGCAGGUGUGACCUUAUAGUGAGCAUGCACACGUAUCAGCCAAGGUUUGGCUUCAGCUAAAAUAAUAUGAUGUGCAUAAAAAGGAAAACUCCCAUCUGUUUGUAUAUAUGCACAUUUAUAUGCACUUAUGACAGUACAGAUUUUCUUUCUUCCUCCCUUUUCCCCAUUUAAGUUUGGUCCCCUUUUUUUCUUUCUUUUUAUUUGUAUUUUAAAUGAUUGUGAACAUUUCUGAUUGUUUGUUUUGUGUAAAGUGGCUAAAUUGCAGAUUUUGAAUAGUUGAUUGAAGAGAUUUGGUAGCAAGUCCAGUGCUCAGUUCGUUACCUUUCCGAUGAUGUCCUUUGACCUCCACAGAUUGUGUAUGUUAGUCUAAAACUUCACUCUUUAUCACAUUCUGAGUUGCUUGCUCAAUUUGUUCUUUCCAUGUCAGACGAAGAGAUAAUAGUAUGUUCAACUGCAGCAGAGUUAAUCAUUUUUUUCUCAGCAAACCAUCAUGCACUUUGUUCUUUGUGUGUGUGCCUGUGCAUGCCAGUGUACAGUUAGUAUUUCCACUGGGGGUUUUUAAAAUGAGACUUUUUGUUGUUUUGUAAAUAGAUUUAAGAUGCAUGUAAUUUGUAAUAGAUUUAUAUGGCAUCCUUGUUUUGUGUAAAAGUUAUGCAUUGGUGUGGGAAAGCGCUUAAUGGUGCACACAGCCUUCAUAGUGGUGAGAAUGCCAGAAACUUUGAUGUUUCCAAAAACCUCAGAUCUACAAACUGCAUAUGCAGUGAUGUAAAUAUGUUUGAGUGGAUUGCACAUGUAUAUAAUCUAUUCAGAGAGAUUCUCAGAGAAUUGCCCUUACAUAAUUCUUUAUAUAAUCAUCAUCAGAUUUGGAAUUUAGCUGCACAUAAACAGUGGUUUUAUAACAAAAACAUUUUACUCACUUCCAUGUCCUAACGGAGACUUGACCAAGCCACAACAGCACCAAAAGGACAUGGCUCGACCUUUUUCUUUCUUUGUAUUGAUAUUUGUCAAAAAGGAUUAUAAUGUUACACUGCCUCUUUAGUCAAGCAGAUACCUUUUUUUUCAUUUUUAAAUUUUCACACAGCAUCUUUUCAGCUAGUAAAGCUUGUGAUAAAGUGGGUUCCCCUCUUUUCCUCCCUCCCAUCUUGGGAAUGGUUGAUUUCUCUUUCUC